AAGUAUUUUAAUCCAAAGUACUUCAACUUUGACCUAAAGGGAUCACUCCCUUCAAGGAUGAAGAUAGUUUGUUCUACCUCCUGAAUAUGUUUAAACUUGGCACUUUGUGCAGACUACAAAUAACAAUGACAACUGCUGUGAUGGUGGUUUUUUGUUGUUGUGUAGCCAUUCACCUACUACAGUAACUUCUGACUCUUAAGCAGACACCAUAUGUUAAAACUUCUUCUGAAAAAGUUGGUGUUAGUAUUAGGAGAUCUGCAUAUCCCACAUCGCUGCAACAGCCUGCCAGCCAAAUUCAAAAAACUGCUGGUGCCUGGAAAAAUUCAGCACAUCCUCUGCACUGGAAACCUUUGCACUAAGGAGAGCUAUGACUACCUCAAGACUUUGGCAGGCGACGUUCACAUUGUUAGAGGGGACUUUGAUGAGAACCUCAAUUACCCUGAACAGAAAGUUGUGACUGUUGGACAAUUCAAGAUUGGCUUGAUCCAUGGGCAUCAAGUGAUUCCAUGGGGUGAUAUGGCCAGCCUGGCCCUGCUCCAAAGGCAGUUUGAUGUGGACAUUCUUAUUUCAGGACACACACAUAAAUUUGAAGCAUUUGAGCAUGAAAAUAAAUUUUACAUUAAUCCAGGGUCUGCCACAGGAGCCUAUAAUGCCCUGGAAACGAACAUCAUUCCUUCAUUUGUACUGAUGGAUAUCCAGGCUUCUACAGUUGUCACCUAUGUGUAUCAACUAAUUGGAGAUGAUGUAAAAGUAGAACGAAUUGAAUAUAAAAAAUCCUAAAACCAGUCCUGAUUUUGUGAAUUUUUUUCAUUCCCUUGUGCAAAUCAAAUAAGAGUUAAGAAGCUAUCCAAUUAUGACAUUUUUAUAGUAUUUUGCAUUAAAACUAUCUUAUUUGCUAAAACUUAAUUGCUAUAAGCUUAUUGUACACUAUAAGAAUGUAAUUAGUUUACCAAACAUAAUGCUUGAGAAAAAAAUGUGCCAGGUGGUAAAUGGAUUUGUUUAAAAAAAUUUGCCUUGUAAAUAUUUUCAUUGUUUAAAUCUGAAUCCUUGUACUCAAACUUGUGCAUGACCAGAUUCAAAACUCCUUUGUUGCAUACACUGUUCUACUCUUCAUGCUGUAAUAAACACUUUCCUCUCAUUUAUACUUC